AUGAUUGACGUAAAAGGAGAAUGGAACAUUUCUUUAGCCGGUUGCGGGUUUCUGGGCGUCUAUUACGUCGGACUUGCUAGCUGUUUCUUGGAACGAGCCCCUUUCAUCAUAAAAGAAGCUAACAAGAUCUGCGGGGCCUCAUCAGGUGCUCUUACAGCCGCGGUGCUGGCCAUUGGAAUGCCUUUGGCCAAGUGCUGUGAGGACUUGAUGGGAAUGGCGAAGGCCGCCAGGAAGCGGCGGCUGGGCCCGCUACACCCCAGCUUCAACCUGGUGAAGACCGUCCGCGACUCGCUGAACCGCGACCUGCCAGCCGACGCCCACCUGCGGGCCAGCGGCCGUCUCUGCGUGUCGCUGACGCGUGUGCGCGACGGGGAGAAUGUGCUGGUCACCGAGUUCGCCUCCAGGGAGGAGCUCAUCCAGGCUCUGGUCUGCAGCUGCUUCAUUCCUGUCUACUCUGGAGUGAUCCCUCCCUCUUUCCGUGGAGUGCGGUACGUGGACGGUGCCCUCAGCAACAACCUACCGCUGCACGAGCUGCGGAACUCCAUCACCGUCUCCCCGUUCUCCGGCGAGAGCGACAUCUGCCCACGCGACAACCCCGCCAACUUCCACACGGUGCGCGUCGGCAACGUCAGCUUCCAGGUCACCCUCAGCAACGUGCAGCGGGUCACCCGGGUGUUCUUCCCACCUGACCCAGAGGUUCUGGCUGAGAUGUGCCAGAAUGGAUACAAGGAUGGGCUGCAGUUUCUCAAAGAGAACAACCUCCUGAGUUUUGGGUGUCCAUCUGUGGGACUGGAUGUGAGCGAGUUCAAGGUCCCCGCGCCCACUUGCUGCUCUGAGGAAGAGUAUGUCCAGUCGCCACCAGCCAUCACCACAGAGACAGAGUCCACCAAAGAGAAGUUGCUACGGAAACUCUGCCCCCAGCUAAAGCAGCACUGGUGGCUGGAUUUAGAGAUUGUCAACUGUCUUCCACACCCUAUUAAAAAAGUGUUCUGCAAAGCAUGCAGGGAGAAGCACGGGCUGUAUAACCAGGUGACAGACCUGCUCCCUGUGCGCAUGGCCUCCUACAUGCUGCUCCCCUACACCCUCCCUGUGGAGUCGGCCUACUCCGUCGCUCAGAGGUUGGCACAACGGAUACCCAAGUUGUCUGAGGAUGUGCAGUGGCUGUUUGGGGUCGCUGGGGUCAUGUAUGUGCAGGUGUGGAAGGUAUUAGGCCCAGUGCCACUCAGUGAGGCCCCCGUGUAUGUCAGCAUGGCCUCAGCUUUGGCUCCUCGGGAGUCGCACAAGGACGUGGGACAUCUUCAGCUUUCUGCCAUAGAGUUCCACAGCUGUGACCAGGACUGCCCAACCACUCUGCCCCUCCCACCAACUCCUCCCCCAACCCCGCCCUGUGUCUCAACCCAGGAAGCCACACCCCCACACUUAAGCGGAUCUCUGGCCACGCUCACAGGGAAGACCGAUGCCCCACCCACCCCCAAAGAGAUCUGGAUGCUCUGUCUCACUUGGGCUGUUGGGUGGCUGAGUCCUUUGACCUUCGACCCAACUUUGUGA